AUGAUGCCGCCGCCCGGGUGCCAGCCUCACUGUCCCUAAGCUUUGAGGCAUUUUAAAAACACGAGAAAUAGACGUACAAUAAAGGAAGGUCCACAGGACACAGGGAAGGGGCAGGUUCUCUUUAAGGAAUCCGGGCUGAGACAUAGACGUACAGUAAAGGAAGGUCCACAGGACACAGGGAAGGGGCAGGUUCUCUUUAAGAGAUCCGGGCUGAGAAAUAGACGUACAGUAAAGGAAGGUCCACAGGACACAGGGAAGGGGCAGGUUCUCCUUAAGGGAUCCGGGUUGACUGAUCAAGAACAUAGCUCUGGGUUUCCUGGCAGCCAAAUCGAAAAGGGAAACGUGGUGGUACCGGGUCCUCAUCUGCUGUUAAUGGGAAACGGCCCAGGAGAGCCAGGCGCUCCCCUUGUGCACAGAGGCUCUUGGACACCGACUUAGGCGGCUCCCGUAGGGUGUGCAGUGCCGUCCUCUGCGGCGUCCCCCCGGCAGAAGGCACAGGGGAGGUGAUGCAUCGCUUGGUGUGGGACCAAGCUCAGGGUGCAGGCGGUUCCUGGGGUCCCUGUGUGGUCAUAGGUGGCACUCUGAUGGCCCCAGGGGUCAAUUGAUGUGGAGGGACUGAGCCUGGUGGCUGCACAAGGGUAGUAGGCUCGCCGGCCGCCUUGUCCGUCCGUGGGCUGAGGAGCAUCUCCCUGAGGGGGCAGGUGGAGCUCCCCCACCUGUUGUGGGGGGCGUCCCGGGCGUCCGUCAGGUCAGCGGCCACGGCACCCCGAGGGAUCAGGAUGGAGCUGGCGGGGCUUUUUCUGAGGUGCGGCCAGGCUCACUGGCCUGUCAAAGCCUCAGCCCCCCGCACCCUGGCCCUCCGAGGAAGCCACCGCCACGGAGCCAGUAGUUGUAAGGUUAUGGCUGAGAAGCAGGUGUUUCCUGUUGGCCUCGCCUGUGGGAUGUGGGGACUCAGCUGCUUCUGCACCCCCAGGAGGUUCGCGUCCACUUUGGGUAAACUGGUGUUGAGUGUGUCCCGUCGGUCCUGUAAGGAUACAGUGACCAGCCAGAGUGUCCCUGCACGGCGGGAAGGAAGCUGGAACGGAGGGGCCUCGGGAAGUUAGACGCCCGAGCCGGGACCCCUGCCCCCAGUGUGCUCUCCCCCACCACGGGUUUGCCCUGCGAGGUGGGUGGCGGCCACGCAACACUGUUGGGUUCUGGACUCACAGAAGAACGUCUCCAGUCAAAGCCCCCGCAGGCCCGGGAGCUGAGACCGCAGCCUGUAUGUCUGUUCUGGAGGGUUCGCUUGUACUUUAGGGCUGAUGCGGUGUGGCAGGGGCCAGCCCUGGAACCAAAGGCAGAUCUGGACCAAGAGCCACCCGCCGGCCCCCAGAGGUUCCCCCUCAAGAGGCUGGGGCACUGCAGCCUUGGGAACAGACUGUCCAGGGACUGACCAACCCACGUGAGCCCAGUCCUCACGUCCAGCCCACCUGCCCCCUCCUGACCCACGAUGCCAGGGGGCCCUUGAUGGACGUCUGCCUGCGGAUGCUUCUCCAAAAAGCCGCACAGCCAGGGAGAAACAGGAUCUAAAGCUUGGCGUGUCUGACAAAGGGUGAGCAGUUAAAAGGUGCUUCAUCCGUAAGAUGGGCUAUGACUGAGCCUUUAGAAGGGAGGAAACGGACACAUCGUGAUGGACCUUGAGGACAUGAUGCUCAGUGAAAUAAACCGUUACAGAAGGACAAAUACUGUGUGAUUCCACUUCUGCGAGGUCCCUGGAGAGACAGAAAUAAGAAAAAUACUUUAAAAAAUGAAACAGGGCUUCCCUGGUGGCGCAGUGGUUGAGAGUCCGCCUGCCGAUGCAGGGGACGCGGGUUCGUGCCCCGGUCUGGGAAGAUCCCACGUGCCGCGGAGCGGCUGGGCCCAUGAGCUAUGGCCGCUGAGCCUGCGCGUCCGGAGCCUGUGCUCCACAACGGGAGAGGCCACAACGGUGAGAGGCCCGCGUACCGCAAAAAAAAAAGAAAGAAACAAAACCAACAAAACCAACUAGAAUGUGAGAUGACUGACCUGUCAGCUCCAACCCAGGGGUCGAUCUGCACACUGGGUAGGGGGGAGGGCUUCUGCCUUUCGGCAGGGGUCGGGGGCAGCCCCAGGGGCCAGGCAGAUGUCCACUGUCCCCAGUUCCUAGUCCCACCUCCCUUGCUGAGGAGCUGAAGAAGCUUUCAGACUGUCUGAGUCCGGCAGGCGGGUCCAGGGGUUGGUUUCGUGGGUCAGACGACAGACGUCAAACUUGGCAAAACGUGCUGUGUUCGUGUCGACAUAAAGCAGGGGGAAGGGAUCGGUUUCCCCAGAGGCCAGGUGCUCUCGGCUCUCCUGGGCCCCAGCUAGCUGGUCCGGCUCUGGCCAUUUCAAGGCGGGGGCAAGGGGAGCCUGAGAAUGGAGGCCUGGGUCCCCUGCCGAGAGAGGGUGGGGCCCAAGCCCUGGACUGGGGGGGACGAGGGUCUCGCUCACACCAGCCCUCUGCCCAGUGCCCCACAGAUGUGCAUCUGGACUGGGGUGACUGCUCCCUGGGGUGGGAGGCGGAGAUGCCCUGGGGCAGGUGACGAGCAGCCCACCGCCUGAGGGCACCGAGCCCCCGCCUGACGUCCCAGGCGCGUCCCCCAGUGAAGCCCCAUCCUCGCCAGAGCCUCGGCCCAGAAACAGGGUUCCCCAACUCCCAACGCCAUGCACGGACACCCCGGGGUCACCGUUGUUCGCAGCUGUGUCUCUGCCCGCCGGCGCCCCGCCCCCUCAGCUGCGUUCGAGCCGCCGAGGCCACCUGUGGGGCCGGGCUGCCCCGAGCAGCAGCGCGUUUGUAUUUUUAUUUAUUUAUUUUUUAAAAGUUUAUUUUAUUUAUUUUUGGCUGCGUUGGGUCUCCGUUGCUGCACGCAGGCUGUCUCUAGUUGCGGCGAGCGGGGGCUACUCUUCGUUGCGGUGCGCGGGCUUCUCAUUGGGUGGCUUCUCUUGUUGGGGAGCACGGGCUCUAGAGCGCAGGCUCAGUAGCUGUGGCGCAUGGACCUAGUUGCUCUCUGGCGUGUGGGAUCUUCCCAGACCAGGGCUCGAACCCGUGUGCCCUGCCUUGGCAGGCGGAUUCUUAACCACUGCGCCAGCAGGGAAGUCCGAGCAGCACAUUUUUAAAUCCUUUUCUGCCAAGAUCUACCCCUUCCAACCCAGCAGGACGGCUUUUUAAAUUUGUUUUUGGCAAAUUAAAAUAACUGCCGUAAACCGUCAACCAACCAACCAGGUUCUUUUGAGAAAACUUAACAUCACCUUUGAAAGUGGUUCAUCUUGUCACCUAUUCUUGUAAGUUAGAAAAUAAGCGCCUUAGUUUCUGGGUCCUGCACCUGGGCCCAGUGGGAUGUCCCGGGAGGUGCCGCGGCCACGGUUCCUGCUCUGGGUCCACGGCAGGGAGCAGGGGUCUUGCGAUGGCGAUGCUAGCAUUUUCCCUCCUUACAGCCGUACCCACCUCAUCCCACCAGGGCCCACUGCCAGAAAGCUGAGUCUCUUCCCACAGCAGCUUUGGGCCAGUUCUGUGGCCUCCGGAACAUUCUGCCCCCACCCUGCAGAAUGAAGCUUGGUACCUUGGCUGUGCCCUGGGUGAGGCGGGCUCCCUGCGCCCCGCGUUCAACGCCAGGUGUUCCAAACCGACAAGAAGAGAAGGACAGUGAACCCUCGCUGCCCUGCCCCCAGCCCCCUCCAGGGAUGUGGGGACCACCCUCCCCUUCCCGGGCCCACUGUGACGUAUCGUGGCCACAGCCCUGCCCUUCACUAUUAGGAAGCUUCCCCUCCCCACACCCCACCCCCUGCCCCAAGAUCUGCGUGCUGACUGGUGCGUCCUGGGUCGUUCCAUGUGAAGCCCCUGGAGGGUCACAGGGUGGCUGGCACUGGAAGCCCUGGGCCUCGCUCUCCCAGCCCACCCUGCUCAGCAGUUCACAUCCCAAGGGUAGCCUCCCCACGUGGUCACUGCGACUUAGCGCGGUCCCAGGCUUUUCAAUUUGCACUCAUCUGACACUCCCCAGUGUCCGCUCUCCAGGAAGGCCCUCUGGUGCCCAGCUGGGAACAGAGGCUUUUCCUGUGUGCCCCGAGCCCUGUGCCUCCCUCUGGUCCAGGCGGCAAGCUCCGAGCUCCAGGAGGGUGGAAGCCACGGCUUGUUUGCCCCCGUCCAGCUCACGGACAAGGUGUUGGGAAGGCAUCGGUGUGAUCUCAGCACCUUGUGCAGAAUCCGCCAGCAUCGCUAGCCUCCUGCCACGUCCCGGGCCCGGCCCUCCACCCACCGCCAGCUGGCCCCUCUGUGCUCUUCCUCGGAGAGGUGACCUCCACGCAGACACAAGGAGCCGGUUCAUGGGGAGGGUCUGGGGGCAGAUGUGGAAGAGGAGUGGGGGGUCAGAGUGGACCAGAGAAGAGGCUUGUGGAGGCGGCCUCCCUGCAAACUCCUACUCAUCCUUCCCACCUGAGCCCCGCCGUCUCCCUCUGGGUGGCUGCUGCCCCUCAACUAGCUUGUCUUCUGCUAAGGGCGUCUCUGUGGUGGCCCCAGGGCUCAGGGGCCUGGCUCCAGGGGCAGAGUGCUGCCUGAGCACGGUGCCCAGGACCCCUGAGAACGGGGUGGGGUCUGCAGGAAACCCGCUGGACCCGGGGCAGGGCCGGGCACGGCACAGAGCAAGCGGGAACGCUGGUCUGAGGCUGGCCUCUGGGUGGACGUCAUCCCGGGGCCCAGCAGCCCCUGCCAUCUGCCUGCAUCCCCAGCUGCAGGUGGGUGGCACCUCUGUGCCUGGCAGGUGUUAUCUGGCGACACUGGCCCUGCUGGGGAACCAGAUGGGGACAGUGUGGAGGGGGAUGCAGGAGGGAGCAGCGGGGAGCUGCGGGGAGGCCUGUGAGGAUCUGCUGCACCCGUGGGGGGGCGCCCUGGAGGGUCUGCAGGGGGCCCAGGUGCAGACAGGCAGCAGCGAUGUCCUAGGGUGUAGGGAUGGAGGGAGGAGGGAACCCAGCUCUGCCCUGUGGUGUAGGGCCUGGGAGAGGCAGAACGGGGUCAGGCCUGGGUGGGGCUCUCAGGCCGGGGUUGGGAUACGCAGCCUGUGGUGGCCACAGCAGAGAGCCCAGUGGGGGGAGCCAUCCGUCCUUCCGUCCUGUCUCCAUCACCUGCCGAGCACCCCAAGCUGGGAGUGACUCAGACCCUCCCCGGCCCUGGGACUUUGUCCCAUAGUCAGGCCAGGCCUCUCAUGGUCAGCGCCCCUGCAGCCUGGGCACCGCACACAGGGCCUGGGCCUGCGGCCGCGUGGUGAAGGCCAGGGCAGGCAUGGUGCCCAGGGUGGCGGCGCUGAGGCCGGGUGGGGGCAGCAGGCGGUACCUCUGCAGGAGGCCUGAGAACAGCAGGAACAGCUGCGACCUGGCUAGGCUCUCCCCGACGCAGACGCGGCAGCCUGCAGGGGACGCAGGGUGCAGGGUGGGUGCCGGAGGCCGUGGCGGGGCGGGGGGAGCCCUGCGGGCUUGGGACCCUGAGCUCUCGAGGCCCCGGGGACCAGGCCGCCGCCCGCGGGGCUGUGGUACCUGCAGAAAAAGGCAGGAAAGCCGCCCGCUUCACGAAGCACCCGUCGGCGUCCAGGAAGUGGCCCGGGUUGAACUGGCGGGGGGGUCUCCCACUGCGUCUUGUCCAGGAGCACGGAGCUCAGGAGGGGCACCACAGGCGUGCCCUGUGAGGGGCGGCAGGUGGGCAGAUGGACGCCCCGUCCACCCAGGCGGCCCCAGGCGGGGAGCACAGGGAGGGGACCCUGAGGGGGGUGGGAAGGCGGGGCGGGGCCUGGCAGGGAUCUGCUGGGGGUUCGUGCUUAGCCCCAGGGGACCCCUGUGGUGUGGCCCCAGGUCUGCUGUGAGGAGCUGUGCGGCCGAGGGCUGCCCCCCGAUGAACCACCCGUCUCCUGCCUCCUAUGGGGAGCCCUGGCAUCAGGCACCUGAGUCCCUGAGACCCCCAGCCCCGUCUGCCAUGAACGAGAGGAACAGGUCCGGGGUGGGGGGCCUGGCCCUCCCACCUUGGGGAGCAGGUAGCCGCCCAGCUGGGUGUCGGAGGCUGUGCACCGCGGCACGUGGGGCAGGAGGGUGAUGAAGCACUGGACCUCAUGCAGCACGGCGUUGGUGUAGGGCAGGGAGCGCUGGUCCUCCAGCCGGGGGGACCGCCCGGGCCCCAGCACUCGGUCCGGAUCCUCCUGCACCCGGCCUGCGGGCAAGAGGGUGGGCGCCAGCGUCCCGGGGAGCCUCUGCCCCUUGGUCCUGGGCCCUGCGGGAACGGGCUCACGGGCUCACCCUGCACGCUCGGGUGCUUGCCCAUCGGGAGGGCGGCCCACUGCAGCGUGGCAGACGUGGUCUCCGUGCCAGCCAUGUCCAUGUCCAGGGCACAGGCCACCACGUUGGCCUCGGCAAACAGGCCCUCGGGGUCUUUCUCCUGCAGAGGUGGGUGGGGCUGGGCUCAGCUGGAGGCUGGCUCCAUGGACGCCCCCCCAGCCCCAGGCUCAAAAAAGGCAUAGAAGACAGAGGCCUGGCGGGAAGGAUAGCGCCAGGAUCCACCGAGCACCUACGGCAUUCUGGGUUCACCGCGGCCUUACGACCGCCCCAUUUCACAGAUGGGGAGACUGAGGCUUAGAGAGGCUCCGCACCAGGAGGUGGAACAGUAUGGCGUGGGUCCAGCAUGGCUCCCUCCCCAGCCCCUCUCUUCCUGGGGGGGGCCCCAGCAGGCCCCCCACCAGGAGGUGGAGCAGUAUGGCGUGGGGCCAGCAUGGCUGCCUCCCCAGCCCCUCUCCUCCUGGGUGGGGCCCCGGCAGGCCCCCCAGGUCUCCUGGGUGGUGGGGUGGGUUUUGCCCACACCUGGCCCUGCUGGAUCAGGGCGUCCAGGUAGCUCCGCACGGGCCCUCGCCCAGGCGCGGGGGGCCGCCGUGCCUCCAGGAGGUUCCUCAGGAUGGCCCGCACCGCCGCCACCUUCCGCAGGACGGGCCGGUGCAGCUGGAGGAGGGCCCCGAGCCAAGGUGGGACCAGCAGCCCCAGGGGCUCUGAUGAAGUCAUCUACCUGAGUGCAGGAAGGAGGGGCCGCUCGACAGGUAACACCCCUGGGGGUCCGUGCAAGUCACAGCAGGAGCCUGCCAUCACGGCCCCCCCGCUCCCCCACCCACCAAAGCAGGGAAGACGGAGAAGGGCGAGGGCUGCUGCUGUGGAAGUAACUUUGAAUGUGCUGGGUCAUUAGAAAAACGGGGACUUGCAAACUUCAGAGUUUCAGCUCACGACGUCGUGAAACGGGGCUCACGGCACAGCCUGUCUGACACGGCUGUCAACCGCCCUCUGACUACACUCGCACCACUGUGUCCCCCAGAAUACGAGCCGUCACACGGGGCACAGGCACAGGAGGCCACGGAACAUUCUGUGUCCCUGGAGCCCCCGACCCUCUGGCCUCCAUCCUCCUGGGGCUCCCUGGCAGGACUCGGCCAGGCUACUCUCGGGCGGAGGCCACAUCUUCCUGCCCGUCCGAGCCUCCUCCAGCCGCAAGGGAUGACUUAGAAUCAGGACCCAAGCCACGAGUGCCCGCCCCACGCCCACGGGCUCGGGUCCUGGAGAGACGGGGCUGAAAAGUACACGUGAGCCACGUGCCAGCAUACGUGCGUACCCCGCCUCAACGUGCGUGCCUGAGCACGUUAUGGUUAAAACUGGUAACGGGGGCUACAGAUGACAACAGUUACCUUCUGGAAAAUGAAAUGGCGCAGCCCUGGGGGUUCUGAAAGCCAGGACAGAUCCCUGGGAUUCCUGAGCCUGAGGGAGGACCCCCGGUUCAAGGGCUGGGGGCCUGGGGGACAUCGAGCCCCAUAUCCAGGGAAGAAAUGCCCGGGUCCCACCCGCACCUCUGAGCAGAUGCCUCUAUUGCUGACGGAAGGUGUGGAGGAGGCAGCGAGGACCCCUGCCCCUCGUUUCCCAGGAGCACGGGGGACUGGCCUGGGGUCGCGUGGUCAGUGGAAGCGCGCCUGGGGCCUGCUGUGCUGCUUCCCGAGGCGGCAGCUUGGCUCUCCCUGCCCCCACCCAGCAAGCGGGGAGCAGCGACCUCUCACCUGCAGGCCGGGCGUCUCCAAGAGGACCAUGACCUCGUCGAUGAGGCCCAGCAGGGACACGAACACGGGAUCCCAGUAGUCGAACCGCUGGCCAAAGAGGAGCAUGAAGGUGAUGUUGGAGGGAGUCCAGCCGAGCAGGGCCAGCGGGAAGGGCCGGCCUGGGGGCGGAGCGAGGCCUCAGAGCUGAGGGGCCCCUGGGAAAGGGGCGCGCUGGCCCCCACUCACCUCCGUAGCUGUCCAGCUGCGCCGUGAGGCACCUCAGCUCCUGCAGGACCUUGUCGGCCAUGGGCGCCCUCCCCACGCCCAGGCCGCGGAGGGUGCGCACGGUGAGCUGGCGGGCGGCCCUCCAGCGCUCCCCGGAGGAGAAGAAGACGCCUGCGGGCCGGACACCCCCGUGAGCGGCCCGGGUGAUGCAGGACGGAGCAACGGGGGGCUGACCGACGGGGCAGGGGCCUGGCUGGGGCCUCCCUCCCUCCCCCAAGUCUGGCCCCUGGAGCUGGCCUCGGCUGGCCCAGCCCUUUCUGGUGUUCCCUGGUCCCCGGUGCGCCCAGCUUGCCGCGUGGACACCCUGGCGCUCCCCCUGGGCCACACUGGGAGCGCUACCCCAGCUGCCGCAGGUAGGGGGACCGACCCUUCUCCUUGGCCCCUCUCUGCCUGGCGGAAGCCCCCUCACCCCGCCACACACCUACCCCCACCUCCCUGGAUGAGCUGGAAGAUGGCGAUGGGGGGCCGGCCGGCCAGCUCCUGUCCGGUGCCCACCAGGGCCUCCCUCACCGCCUCGUAGCCGGUCAGCACCGUCGUCUUCUGGCGCCCCAGGUGGACAGCGAACACCGGCCCGUACUGUUCCGCGAGCUGUGGGGACAGGCAGGGAUCAGCCUGCGGCCCCACCCCCAGCUCCCCUGGGAGCCCCUCAGGCCCCGCCCACCAUAUGUGGAGGACUCAGGGAGGCCCCUGGGUCUCUCUGUGGGCCCCUCCCUUCUGUCCUCCCGGCACCCCUGCCUGGGACGGGAGGGCUGUUGUCUCCCCACUUUACAGAUGGGGAAGCAGGCCUGGGGAUGGGAAGUGAGUUGCUGUGGAUCACACAGAUGCAGCAGGGCCCGCCACUCCUGCCCACUGCCCGCUCUGCCACCGGCGUGCAGACAGCGGCCUCCAGGGCCCGGCACUGGGCACAGGGCCUGAGAACCCUGGUGCCUGCAGGCUGACUUCGCGGGUCAUCGUGGCUCCCCACCCACCUGCAGGGCCUGGGGGCCACGAGGCAGCCUCGUGGUUGGGUCCUGGAGGCACCCCAGCCAAGUGAUCAUGGGAGCUGGAGCUCAGUGGAGGGGGCGGUGGGCUGGGUGAUCCCCGAGGGCGGGGCCAGGCCUGUGCCUCUGCUUCAGCGGGUCAGCCAGCUCGAGGUGGGCGAGGGUGUUCAGCCUCCAGCCCAGGUGGGAGGAGCCACACCCAGCAGGCGUCCCACGAGGCCGCCCCAAACCUGAUCCUCCUGCAGGCACUCAUCAGAAGCUGCCUUCUCCAGUGAGCCCUCCAGGCCUGCCACUUCUGGCCCCCUGCUCCUUGGUCCGCCCAUCCGUUUCCCUGUGGGGUGGAAUGUCUUUCUCUUCCCCGAGGCGACGCGGGCACUUGGGCCUCCUGUGUCCCCUGGGCACGGACCUCCCACCCCACGGGGGUCCAGGAAAUUGGGGCUGGGGUGCCUUCAGGGCCGGCAGGGGCCCAGGCGCAGAGCCCAGCCGAGCACGUGCCUGCCCUGACCCACCUCCAUCAGCGACUGGUCCUGCCGUGCCACACGCAGCAAAUGUAGGUUCCUGACGAGGGGCAGCGGGCGCGGCCCCGGGGGCCAGCGGGGGGCCGGGGGGGGUGUGGGUGCCGGUGCGGAGGAGCCCCCAGAGCCCCAGGAGCAGCAGGGCCAUGAGGACGGCGGUGGCGAGGCCCCAGCUCCCCUCCCGGCCGCCCUGUGCCUGAUAUGCGUCCCGGGAGCCCCACCCACCCUGGGAGCCCCACCACCCCACCACCCCAAGAAUGUGGAAUGAGCAGUUUGCAGGGGACAGCCAGGCGGCUUAAAGCCACAGGCGUGCGUGGUAUGUUAGGUCGAGUCUGUGGCGGGGGCUGGUGGGGCCGGGGCGUCUGGGGGCUCCGCCUUGCUGGGGAGCGCACAGCAUGGCGGCCAGUCUGCUCCCCACAGGUCUCGGCCCCUGCCCGGUCUCCCCGUCAGAACCAGGGCUCAGGGGCCUUGGGCCCCGUCCUCCCCAGGCUCUGAGCCUCCCCCUGAAGGGCUCCUUGGCCUCUUCCAAACCCACCACCACCUGUGUUCGCCCAGCUCCUCUCCGCCUGGAGCCGGGGGGGACACCAGGAGUGGAGCGGCCCACGAGGUCUGCGCAGCAAACGCCUCGAAUCCUGGGACCUCAGAGGCCCCGGUGGAGAGCUCGCCCGAGUGGCGGUCUGCUCCUUGGUGGCUUUUCGAGCACUGUCACCCAGGCAGGAGGCCCUGGCCGCGCCGGGACGAGGCGGUGGGUCGCUCAGAGGGGCCCACCCCUCAGGCAGGGCUGGGCGAGCCCCCGCCCGUCUGGGCUGCACUGUGGCCUGCUAAACCCUGGUGGCCCAGCUGGGAGGGGAGGAGGUGCUGUUUGGGAAACGAGCUCUGAGGGGUGGGAGGGCUGUUGGCACCUGAAAUGGCUGGGCCUGCUCUGGGCCUCCCCCAACACGAGGCUGCGGGAACCACAUCCGCACCCCUGGGCCCCUCACCCCGGGGCCUGUCUCCUGGGGCACCAUGCGUACCCCUACACAAACCCCAGAGCCAAGGCAGCCUGAGGGCCCUUACCCGCUCUGAGCCCCGAUUUGCACACCUCCCGUGACCGGGUGCUCACUACCUCACAGGCAGACCGUCCAGAUACACAGCCGUGGAGCUGCAGUGAGGGAGGACCCCUCUCUGACUGCUAGGUCUCCGGAUCAUUUGGGCUGAGCGGCAGGCACCAAGGCCCCUACUGGGUGCAUAGGCUGGGGCUCCUGCACGCCCAGGACAGUUCACUUAAUUAGUCCUGUGUGCAUUUACUGAGUGCCUGCGCAUACCAGGCUCAGCCAGGAGCUAGGGCUACAGAAACGGGUGGCGCAGGGAUCCUAAAAGGGCCCUCCCCGUGUGGCAGCGACUUUGCCACGGGAAGUGCCUUGGGUGUCGGAGCUGGAGAGGUGGGUCACUGGAGGAAGAACAUUCUCGCAGAAGAACAGCCUGUGCAGAGCCUGGAGAUCUGAGCUGGAAGGGGCGCUGGGAAGGCCCGGGUCAUGGCCACGGGAGCUCCGCCCGGGUGACCGAGCGGGAAGGACACUCGUGGUGGGAGGGCAGUAUGGCCGAGGCGCUGGAGACGGACGCAGGGUCCCUGUGGGGGGCCUCGAGGAGCAGGCGGCCCCCACAGUCGGACGGUGCCGCUGGGGAGGACGUGUCCAGCCCCCGACAGGCUGGCGGGGUCACCCGGAAGCAGGCUCAGCUGGGAGGCAUCCCGUCCAGUGCGGGGUGCGCAGCGGGGGAAGGUCACGGGCGGGGCGGAGCAGGGGGGUCGGCAGUGAGGCCCCAGGACGUGAGUGCGUCGGGUCCCAGGGAAGUGAUUCGGUGGAAGAUGGACUGGGGCUGCUGGUGUCGUCCUCCAACUACAGGGCAGGAGAUUAUCCUGGGGGAACCACAGGGGCCCCGGGGAGGAGGGAGGCCAGCGGGGCGGGGAGCUGGCUCGAGCCUCUGGAACCCAGUGGGGGGCUGGGGGAGGACUUGUGUUUUUAGGCUUCAAGAGUGAGUAUCCGAGAGACAGAGGCCACAGCCGAUAUCUAUGACCUGUGACCUAGCCUUGGGGUCACCCUUGGAGGAGGGGAGCCAAGACAAACUCCUAGAAAGAGCUGCUGCGCCCACCCGCCCCCCUCGCCCCCCUCGCCCCCGCCCAGCCCUCGGAAAGGGUCCUGCCAGCCUCCCAGCGACCUGUGUCACAGGCUCCGCCUGCGUGAGGUCCAGGGGCCGCAGCAAACUGGGCGUUUGGACAGCAGGAAAGUGUCCUCAGCUGCGUGGUGGGUGUGGGCAGGGCUGGUUCCUCGGGGCGAGGCGGGGUGCUCGUCUCCCAGCUCCAGAGGGCUGCUGGCGCCCCUCGGCCGGCCCUGAUCCAGGAUGGCCUCAUCUGGAGACCCUUCCCUUUGUGACACCGGCCCAGGCCGGGCGGGUACAUCUCUUGUGGGGCCACCAGUGAAGCCACUACAACCUCCCACACAGACUCUGAUGAAUGUAGGUAUUAGUUGGGAUAUUUGUCUAUUCCAGCAGGUGAUAGACACACACCAGCAAAGAAUCCGGAAGUCCAGCAAGUCCCUCAGCAAGGUGAGCACCCUCCCCGAUGUACCACUUCCUCGUGCAUCCUUCAGAGAUGCACCCUGUCGUGUACACGCUUUUUUUUUUACAAGUUUAUUCAUGUACGGUAAACGGCGCAUGUAAAAAUAUACGAUUGAAUGAGCUGAGAUGCGUAGACACCCCGGGACCCUUCGCCACAUUCAGGACAGUGAACAUCUCCAUCAGCCAAAGUCUCUGCAUUUUAUUUUUAUGGUAACGAUGUAGCCAGGACUGAGCGGGGGCCUCCUUCCCACUGUGUAACUGCUGCCUCGUCGGGCUGGGCCUGCCUGUCCGUCAGUCCGUCUCAGGCCCUUACGAACCUCCUGCUAAAAAUGCCUGUGUGGGGCUUCCGUGGUGGCGCAGUGGUUAAGAAUCCACCUGCCAAUGCAGGGGACAUGGGUUCGAACCCUGGGCCAGGAAGAUCCCACAUGCUGUGGAGCAACUAAGCCCAUGUGCCACAGCUACUGAGCCCGCGUGCUACAACUACUGAAGCCCAAGCGCCUGGAGCCCAUGCUCUUCAACAGGAGAAGCCACUGCAAUGAGAAGCCCGCGCACCGCAACGAAGAGCAGGCCCUGCUCGCUGCAACUAGAGAAAAGCCCACACACAGCAACGAAGAUCCAACGCAGCCAAAAGUAAAUAAAUUUAUAAAAAAUAAAAUAAAAAGACCUGUGUGCCCGUCCCUGUGCACAGCUGCCCGGCUGCUGUAAGAUAACUUCCUGGCAGCGCUACCCGAGCCAAGGGUUGCUUCUCGUCAGGUCUGGCAACGUUCCCACCCGGGGAAGCAGCUGCACCCGCGAUGCCCCACACCCCAGGUGAGGCCCCUCCCGCCCCCGCGUCUGCAGGGCCUCAGGAGGAGCCGCCUCCGCCGGGUGUCCCUGGUCUCCGCCGCGCCUUCAUUUCCUGCCCCCCGAUAUCUGACACCAAAUGCUGGGGGGUCUCCUGAGCUCUGCUCCAGGCCAGCCGGUCCCUUUUCUCGGCAACAAGAGUGAUUUUUCAAGCUCGUGACCCCUGAACUUUGAGGUGGCGCCCACACCCUGGAGUCCAGAAGGGCCCCCUGCCUCUGCAUUGCAUCACCUGAACCCAAGGGUUCUGUGCCUGCUGGGACUCUUCAUAGGGAAGAAACCCCAAACUGGCUGGAGCAGGGCACUGGGUCGAAGGGCAUCCCGCCAACAUUCACACCCACCCAGAGCCUCAGAAUAGGACCUUGUUUGGAGGGAGGGUCUUUAGAGAGGUCAUCCUGCCCCUCGCGCAGUGACAGAGGCAGAGGUGCGGGCCACAGCCACAAGCUAAGGAGCGUGGGAGCCCCAGAAGCUGAAAGGGGCAGGAAGGACCCCCCCCUCCGCUGGAGCCGCCAUUGGGAGAUGGCCCUGCGACACCAGCCUCCAGAGCUGACAGGGUGUGAGUUGAUGGUGUUUGCAGCCCCCUAGGCUGUGGUCCUGUUAGGGCAGCCCCAGGAGACCGUGGAAGCAGAGUUCAGAAAAUUACCCCACUCGCAGAAACGAGGCGAAUGGGUGACGUGUGUCCCUUCACGGGGUCACUGUCUAACCAGCCUGCCGGGUGUUGUUCGGCCCGGGAGGGUUGCUUUCUCUGACUUGCCGUUUAUUAUCGACCAGGCCCAGGUGCCACGAAGCUGGAGCUUACCUUGCGGAAAAUAGGAAAAGUGCAGGUGAUUUUCCCCCAUAAACAUGCAGGUGACUUCUGUCUGGCGGAGAAGAUGAGCAAGGUUGUGGCUUUAUUGUCCUGUUAAGACAUUAACCUGACAUCGAUGUUAGACGUUAACUCCUGAGCCCAGCUCAGCAGCCUCGUUCCGGAGCUCCUUCUCUGACUGCACGUGGAUCCGUCAGGGUUUGACGUUCUUCUCUGAACCAGCCUUGCCCUCUAGACUCGUUCACCUUGUUAACGGGUGAGAUAAAAUUCUGACACGUGCUCAGUAUAUAUUUGGCUGAAAGCCUUUUGAAAAUGACACUUAGACAGCAGAAUUUGUUGAAGUGGGAAGAUCAUCUCUUCGUUUCAGGCAAGGGUAGAUCCAGGGAUCAGAUGAUGUUAUUAGGAUUUGGAUGAAUUCUCCUUGCUCUUGGGUCUGCUGGCUGCACUCUGGGGCGAGUCACGGUGGCCAGACGACAGCCGGCCGCCCAGGCUCGCGUCCUCCUAGCCGCAGUCCAGUGUGCAGUUCCACUGGCUCUGUCCUGGUGCUCAGGCAGAAGCCUGGGGAUUGUUCUGGUCAGACCUGAUUGGCCAGGCCCCCCGCUGGCCAGGGGUCGCCAGGCUCCUACUGGGGCUUAGGUCACACCUGGCCUUGACACCCGAGGUUCAGGGUGUUCCCUAGAGGGGUCUGGAGUUGCACACACCUGGCUCCACACUCAGCACUUCCAUCCACUUGUUAGCUGAGGCAGACGGCAUGUUGCAAUGACAGCACCCAGCCCAUAAGUUCUUCAUAUAACUUGCCCUCCGCCCGUGGAGAGCAGGGGCCCUGCCCUUGAAUUUGGGUGGGAGCUUGUGACCACGGCGGAGGCAAUGCUGUGUAACAUUUCUUUUUAAAUAAAUUAAUUUUAUUUAUUUAUUUAUUUAGGCUGCGUUGGGUCUUCCUUGCUGUGCGCACAGGCUUUCUCUAGUUGUGGCGAGCAGGGGCUACUCUUCGUUGCGGUGCGCGGGCUUCUCAUUUCGGUGGCGUCUCUUGACCUCAAGCCAAGGGGCUUGGCCUCUCUGUCUCUACGUGUGACAUGAGGGUAAUAAUACCUGCCCAACUACGCUCAUUCUACAAAAAUAUUUUUUUAUUUUUAUAGAUUGAUCGAUUGGCCGCACCACAUAGCAUGUGGGAUCUGAGUUUCCCUGCCGGGGAUCGAAACUGCGCCCCCUGCAGUGGAAGCGCGGAGUCUUAACCACUGGACCGCCAGCGGAUUCCCUCUUCAAAAAAUAUUAACAGAACAUCUACUGUGUUCUGGGCACUGUUCUCGGCCCCCUGACCCCACACGAAACAGCCCGGCGCGUAAGAGGGGUUCCAAAAACAUUAGCUCCUUCCCCAAUUUUCAGAUCUGUGCACUGCUAAACAUCUCCUACAAAGCAAUAACCGCUUGUCAGGUACAGACAUGUCAGUUAAAAGCUGGCCGUCACCUCCAGGUCACUGGGCCUCUGGUGCUUCACUGGUCCCUCAGGGCCGCCAGACGGAGAGGUAUGGGCAGCCCUGGUGGGGAUGGGCUGUUCCUUUUACUGCUAAGUGGUACGAUCUAGUCAAGUGGAAAAGUGCUACUUGCUGGGUAAUAAAAGCUUCCAUUGUUCA